AGAGAGAAUCAUUCAAACAAUUGAGACGGAGAAAGCACAAGCUGAUUCCCCUUACAACUGUCGUUGAUGAGUUGAAGAAAAAUUUAGAACUGGAAACGACCAUGCGUGGUGACCUUUUAGAGACGAUACGAAUAAUACGGGGAAUUAAACGAGAAGAGUUUUACAGAGAAGAUACGCCUGAAAUAUACGAGGAGGAAGAGAAGGAGGAGGAGGAGGUGGAGGAGGAAACGCCUGUUGAGGAGGAAGAGGUCAACGAAGAGAUGAAAUCUACACAGAAACCGAAUUUGAAAGACGUUAAAGCGCGGGUUAUCACUCGCUGGCCCAAAGGUCACCGCCAUCAUACUAAGGCCGUAAAGACUGACUGGUCCUUCCUUACCCAUUAUUCGGACGCCGAGCUCACGGUGGAGCUCGCCUACCUCCUCCCUGAAUACAUGCGGGACGUAGAGCGCCUACGGAAGGUACAAAGGAUACGAUGGAAUUCAACGUCCACCUUUAAAACAAAACGAAUUCAAAGAAAUCUAGAAUUCGAAAGUUGGAGAGAAGAAAUGAUGAGGAUUGCGUACGAUGAAGAAUUCGGCAGAGGGAAAUCAAAAAUGUUUUCAGUUGUGCCAUUACCAAAAAUUAAAGAGACGAGCAGAAGUGUUAAUACCUCUAGGUCCUCACGUGUUUCGCUCUCUGACAGGUCGGAUGGUAUUAAAAGUGAUGACAACUUGAGUCCUCUUAGUCGAGAGAACAUUGUCAACAGCAUUUCAGCACCGCAGCAACAAAUAUCACCUUAUAAGUAUAAUCCAAUACAAAAAUUACCACUACAGAAAGAACAAAUGAAAAAUCAGUUGGCGUCUAGGAAUCGAAACAGUGUGCACAGCGGUCAAGAUAAAACCAUGUCGAAGAUUUACAGACCAGUUGGUAGGAGAGCAAUCGCACUGGCCAACAAGGCGACGAAAGCAAACACGACCUCUGACGGCAACGUUCAAAACGUAAAGACCGGCAACAUUCGCAAGCAAAACCAAACUAUUUUGACCGGAAGGAGUAAUGGAAUAAGUGCGAACGGAGGGAGAACUGAACCAAAAGACAUCAACCUGCACUUCCAGUCAAUCACGGGAGAUAAUUCUACAAGCCCAAACGCCACCUCGGCGUCCGACCAGCUCUCACAGGACAGUGAUCAGCCAGGGGUCACCACUAUCACAGUUCACUUUAACACCGACCAAAUGGACAAUCAUACGUCAAGCCCAAACCGGACACACCAAUUCAGCAUACCAUGUGGCGAUACCGAUCUUUACGAACAGGAAUCCAUUAUACGCAUCAAUAGUCCAAUAAAUCGUGAGGAUAAUGUGACUAGGUUAUUUGAAGACAUUCAGGAAUACAGGAGUAAGCACCCGACUGUGAAUCAUGUCAAGGUAGAACUACGUAGUAACGAUGUAGCAGACAUCGACUGGGUACGUCAGUAUGUCGAGGACCAAUCCCACAGCAGAUAUAAAGCCAAGCUAUAGCAUACAGACUCAGUGCGAGUUACGGUGUGGAAUCAAGUCUGUGAUAAACAAAUGAGAUGUAUCUGACAAUCCUGUUGGAUAAUUAAUUUUUUGUUUACAAUCAAUAAGGCGGAGUAAAGGGUCAGUUACUGUUAUGAUGGACAUGAUGUAAAAUAUCAAUGACAAUGUAUUGUCCCAAUUGUGCUUCAUGCCACAGGUAUAUUGCGUAACCUAGGAAUGAUUUAUUUCCCCAUUGUCAGCAACUUGUGCAAUGAAACACAGGAACAAUCCCAAUGACAAUAGUAGGAUUUAUAACGUACUGUGAUUAUCAGAUUGA